AGAGUGUGCGGCUUUGCAUUAAUAUUAAAAUAGCGUGUAGGACAUACGGUGCUGAAACCUUGUCUUUUUGUGAGCUAAUACUGCAUUAAAGUAUGAAUUCUUUAAUUUCAAGUUGGAGCUUUGGCUUGAUGUGCUUUAUUAGAAUAUCAGUGAUAGUAACACAAAACAAAGUAAAAUACUAUUAUCUUUGCCUUUACAGCAACUCAGUUAAAAACCUCACUAACGGAUUAGUUUAUCUAAUUUCUGCUCGUUGUUCCUCUUGGGCGUUGAUUAGUUUAGUUAACUAAAACCCUAAAUUGCAGUUCUCAUAGCUCAACAUUUUUCCAUGGCUGCUCAAAUUCAUCAUCUCCGAUGCACCUUUUUACCUUCAUUCUCCACUAAAAACCCAAGCCCAGAUUUUAAAACCCAUUUCCGUUCCUUCACAGUCUCAGCCUCCAAACCCGGUACCUCAUCCAUCGCCGGCCGAAAGCUCCGAGCUGCCGUUGUUGGUGGCGGACCCGCGGGUUCCUCCGCCGCUGAGGCCCUAGCUGCCGGCGGCAUUGAGACCUUCCUCUUCGAACGCAACCCGCCAUCAGUCGCCAAGCCAUGUGGCGGCGCCAUCCCGCUCUGCAUGCUCCAGGAGUUCGAUAUCCCACUCGAGCUCAUCGAUCGCCAAGUCAACCGUGUCAAGAUCUUCUCCCCUUCCAACAUCGCCGUCGAUUUCGGCAAAACCUUGAAGUCUCACGAGUUCAUCGCCAUGCUCCGCCGCGAGGUGCUCGAUUCCUUCCUCCGGUCGCGAGCACAAUCCGCCGGUGCGAAUCUCAUCGUCGGCCUUGUCACAAAUCUCGAGGUCCCGACCUCACCAACCUCACCCUACAUCGUUCACUACACCGCCAAGAACAACUCCCGGCGCUCUAUUGCCGUCGACGUCGUGAUCGGUGCCGAUGGCGCCAACAGUCGAGUGGCCAAAUCCAUUGACGCCGGGAGCUACACUUGCGCCAUCGCCUUCCAGGAGAGAAUCAAAUUACCAGACGAGAAAAUGGAAUAUUACGAGAAUCUCGCCGAGAUGUACGUCGGGAGUGAUGUGUCGCCAGAUUUCUACGCAUGGGUUUUCCCGAAAUGCGACCACGUGGCAGUGGGCACGGGUACAGUGUGUCUCAAACAGGACAUCAAGUCGUACCAAAGAGGAAUUAGAGAAAGGGUCAAGCCUAAGAUCAACGGUGGAAAAGUGAUCAAAGUGGAGGCCCACCCGAUACCCGAACACCCCCGUCCGGUUCGGGUCAGAGGACGCGUGGCACUGGUAGGUGACGCUGCUGGGUACGUAACGAAGUGUUCAGGGGAAGGAAUAUACUUUGCUGCGAAGUCAGGAAGGAUGUGCGGAAACGCCGUCGUAAAGGCGUCAGAAGGUGGGAUGAAGAUGGUUGACGAGAGUGAUUUAAGGAGGGAGUACCUGAAGGAAUGGGAUGCGAAGUAUAUUAGCACAUUUAGGUUUUUGGAUUUGCUUCAGAGGGUGUUUUACGGUAAUAACGCGUGCAGGGAAGCUCUGGUGGAGCUGUGUGGGGAUGAGUACGUGCAACGCAUGUCGUUUGAGAGCUAUUUGUAUAAGAAGCUAGCGGAUGGGGAUCGGUGGGAGGAUGCAAGGAUGGUGACGAACACUAUUGGGAGCUUGAUUAGAAGUAUGGCGUCUUCCAACUAAAACCAAGAGGUUGAGACAUUUUCUUCUAAUUUUAAUUGUACUUAAGAGUCACGGGAUCUUCUGCAAUGUUACUGUAUUACUACUAUUACUGCUUGGCCUGCAUGUGUGGCUUGUGCAAUCCUAAUGACAACCGUACGGGGAAUACUUGUUUCUCUCCCUGUUUCUUCUU